AUGCAGGAUGAUGCCGGUGAAGUGGAGAGGACGAAUAAGGAAAUGGAGGCAGAGAGGAUGAAGAUCGAGUCGGAUAAUCGUGGGGUAAUUAGGAGGGUUUUUAGGGUUGAAGAACAAAAAGUCCCGUUCCCUAGUUUGAUCAAGGUGGAUCAAUCACAGAACACGAAAGGGCAAAAGGUUGUUCAUGAUCUUAAGGAGGCUGUACAGCUAGUAAAGGCUAAUGCGAAGCACAAUUUUGAUGAGACCUUGGAAGCCCAUGUAAAAUUAGCUGUCGAUCUGCGGCGUACAGACCUGAAGCUUACGGGGUCAUUGUCUCUUCCUCAUGGCAGUGGAAAGGUAGCAUAG